GGUCUUGAUGGUACCAUCAGUAAAAGCCGGACCUGUUCGUCAGAUGAAGUAAAAUACCGUACAGCAGACGACGAAGUCAACUCGACUGCGGCAAUCCAACACGCUAUGGGGAAACCUGAAUUCGACAACACUCAGUCUAGCAUUCUCUCUCAGCCUUGCGUUUUGCCACACUCAGUGGAUUGAAAAAAUUCUGCAGAUUCGCGUGCUUAUUUAUAUUGGCUCUCGUCAGCCUCCGUGUUAGUUUAUUUGUUUUUCUUUAUACUGUGAGAACAGAAUUCAAACAGGAAGUGCAUCGCAUAGUGUAUCAAGAAACAUAUUGCAAAAGUUUGCAGUGCCAAAAUGAAGCUCAAAGGCAUCCUUCUACUGAUUUUUGUCAGCUACAUUCCAACCACAGUGAUCGGUUGCAACGAAGCUGUUUGCGGCAGUGUGGUUAGCAAGUGUCUUCUAACCAAAUCCUGCAACUGCGACUUCAAUUUCGAAAAUUGUAGCUGCUGCAAGGAUUGUCUCAACUGUUUGGGCUACCUCUAUAAUGACUGCUGCUCGUGUGUAGAUAUGUGCCCGAAGCCCAACUCAACCACAAGUCCGCUGAGCAAAAAAUCGCACGUGGAAGACUUCCAGGAGACCAUUCCCGGCCUGUUUAGCGCCCUGACGGAGGCUCCCGACACCCUAAACCGAUGGGCCAGCAAGACUUUCCCUAUUGACAUCGAUCUUAGCCAAUAUUCGAACAAAAAGGAAAUCAAACUGCUAACGCAGCAAAACAAUGCUGAACAACAAGUGCUUCCAGAAAAACCGAACCCAACAGUUUUCACUGUGAAUUGCACAGUGGCAUUCUGGUCGCAAUGCAUGAGCUGGACAAAGUGCAAAAGUAGCUGCCAGUCUAUGGGUGCGUCCAGCUAUCGCUGGUUUCACGACGGAUGCUGUGAAUGCGUCGGCGAUAGAUGCAUAAACUACGGAAUUAACGAAAGCAGGUGUUCAGCCUGCAGGAUUCCUGAUGACCUGACCCAAGAUGGAAACAUCUUGGAUGAAGACGAAAUGGACUUUGGAGAGGAUGAAGAUGACGACUUUAGUGUUUAGCUUCGCAUUACUCAAAGUGCCUCUACUGUCUAUUGACGAUUAAUAGACGGUUUGAGUGGCUGAAAGUUUGUCUGGUAACUAUCAGUCGUAUUUUACUUUUAAUGCGGCAUUGAUUGAAAUUAAUUUUCAAACCUGCAAGCCAUAUGUUAUUUAUUGUACUAUUACGCAAAGCGACAGUUUUUAACCCCCUUAAAUACGGUAUUUCUAAGGAACAUUUUCGCUGGUCUUAUUAUUCGUUGCUUGUCUAUAAGUGUUGAGAUUUACAUCGACUUGAAAUGGAAACAUUUAUUUUUAAGGUAUUUGAAGCUUCGCAGUCGUCUGGUGUAAAUAUAGUGUAUAUUUUGUACAGAAGUGAGCUAAAUUAAAUUUGGAACGGGAUUUGAUUAUAGUGGUUUUAUUAGUUUAUGCUUCAAAAAUUGGAAGAACGUGUUCCUGAUAGAAAGAUGGACAAAAUCACAAUGCUGAAUUUAAAAAAAGUUAUUUCUAGUUGUCUUGUAUCCAGUCAUGGUUUUUUUUAAAUAAAAUUGUAUUUUAGAACA